CGGCCUGCCCUGCCCUCCCCUCCCCUCCCCUCACGUUAAUGCGGGCUGGGUUGGAUGAAGGCCAUUCAAGAACCCUCGCCUCCCGCCUUCUUUAGUGCCCACGCCCUCCCCUGCAUGAGCUCCGUCAGCGGAGCAUGACAUGACCCCAUCAAUCAAUCAAAACCACCAGGCAGCGGCAGCAGCAGCUACCAGCUGAGCCUCUCUCGAUCGCUCACUCGUUCCCCUCCCCUUCCUCUUCCUGGAGCCGCGCGCGUAUAAAUAGAGCGAGCGGUGUGGUGGCGCUCCAUCGGCCAGCAGCCACGAUUGAUCAUGACCACCGAGUUCCUCCGGGUGAAGAAGCUCCACCACCACCAGGAAAACGAGAGCCACCUGAGCCUGAGGAAGAGGAUGGAGCUGCAGCCGCCGGAGCUGUCGCUCGCCCCCGCUCCGGCCGCCAGGAGCUCGUCAUCCGAGUCCGACGGCACCUCCAGGAAGAAGAGGAAGCACCACGCCGCCGGAGCCGCCUGGGACUGGGAGGACCCGCCUGCAGCGAGCCUGGAGCUGCAGCUCAACGACCCGCUGCCCCUCGACUGGGAGCAGUGCCUCGACCUCCAAUCGGGGCGGAUGUAUUACCUCAACAGGAAGACGCUGAGGAAGAGCUGGGUCAGGCCGCGGGAGCAGAGCGUCAACCUGGACCUCAACAUCUCCACGCCCGACGGCGUCGUCGCCGCUGCUCCCGACGAGGACGCCGAGCCGGCCAAGAGGCCCGCCGGCGGCGGCGCCGUGAUGAGCUCCGGAGGCAACAACAUGGUGGCCGUGCCGUGCGCUAACUGCCACCUCCUCGUCAUGCUCUGCAAGGCCUCCCCCUCCUGCCCCAACUGCAAGUUCGUGCAGCCGCUAGCGCCCGUCACGCCGCGGCCGGCGGCGGCGCACCGGAGGCUCGACGCCACCAUCAAGCCGCUGGAGACCCUGAGCCUUCUCCACUAGGCGCGCCGCGCACGUCGCCAGCAGCAGCAUAUGAUCGUAGAAAGCAAAACCCUAGUAGAGUAGCAAUCAUGGUGCAUGGGUUAGUGUACUUAGUACUUGGGCAUGACUAUUGGCUAAUGUAAGCAGCAUGCUAAUCAUGUUAAGCAUAAAACGCUGAGAUGCCAGUUGCAAGAAAAACCCAUGUAAAUGUGCCGAUCGAGCAGGCAGUCAAAUAAUAGUAAUUAAUGGCGACAGAUCGAUGCGGUAGCA